CCGCGUCACGUGACGUGGGGGUCACGUGAGCCGCGGGCGCCGAGGCGCAUUCCAGCUCCCGGAGCCGGUGGGGGUUCGGCGUGCCCUGCCCCCAGCCAGACGCGACCAUGCUGUCCCGUCUGCUCAAGGAACACCAGGCCAAGCAGAAUGAACGCAAGGAGCUGCAGGAGAAGAGGAGGCGAGAGGCUAUCACGGCCGCGACCUGCCUGACCGAAGCCCUGGUGGACCACCUCAACGUGGGGUACGAACAUCCUCCCGGCGACAGCAGCUCCCCAUACCCCCACCCCGAGUUGGGGCACUGGCAAGGUCUCCAAGGACCAUCCCCUGCCAGGUCCCUAAGUGAAUGCCAGUCACUGCCAGAGACCUGGGACCCCAGAGGCCCGAGUGUGGCCCAGGCCUACGUGAACCAGAGGAAGCUGGACCGCGAGGUGAAGACCCUGCAGGCCCAGGCUGCCCAGUUUGCCAAGCAGACAGGCCAGUGGAUUGGGAUGGUGGAGAACUUCAACCAGGCUCUCAAGGAAAUCGGGGAUGUGGAGAACUGGGCUCGGAGCAUUGAGCUGGACAUGCGCACCAUUGCCACCGCGCUGGAAUACGUGUACAAGGGACAGCUGCAGUCGGCCCCCUCCUAGCCACUCCACCCCCGCCCUCCACCCCGCCCUGCCUGUGUCACCCGCACCAGGCCGUGAAUAAAACCCCAGCCUCCGUU